UUCCUUUGUUUUUAGUUUUUAGGGUUAUGUUUUUGAUUUUUGAUUGUGGUUCCAGAUUCCAGAGGUAGUUUGUGGUUUUUAAAAAAAAAUAUUUUCAGUUUAAUUUUCUGGGAUUAUUAAAGUAGUUUGGGGCUUACUAUCUAAUGUAUUAUAAGAUUUACUGUAUCAUAAAUUAACCAUUAAGCACCAAUGUUAAGGUAUAUUUUAUCAUUUUUGAGAAUAAUAGCUACAAAAAUGUUACAACUAUUAAGUUCGAGAAAACAUUUAAUAGAAAAUGUACUAAGGAUAUACAUAAAGACUACAAGUGGAAGUACUUUAUCUAUAGAAAUAGAUCCUAAAUAUGAUAUAAAACAAAUUAAAAAUUUAGUUGCUUCAAAAAUAGGAGCACAACCCGAAGAAUUAAAAAUUAUAUUUGCAGGGAAGGAGCUAGGAGAUAAUAUAAUUAUAGAAGAGUGUGAUUUAGGCCAACAAAGUAUUUUGCAUGCUGUAAAAAUUAAAAGGAAUGUACCUACAGACCAGAGCAGUUCUAAGAUGAAACCAUUAUGUGAAAUAUUAGAUGACGAAAUGUUUUCUUCCAAUAUUACCAAUAGUAGAAGUAAUUCUUUCUCUACAGAUAAUGAAGUUAUUAAUAUAUCAAACAGUGUGAUGCUUGAAAACAGUACAAUCAGAUCUAAAAAAAUUCAUUUCUAUGUUUAUUGUCCAACUUGUAAGGAUCUUAAGCAAGGGAAACUACGAGUUCGAUGUCAUUUUUGUAAAAGUGGGGCUUUUACCGUACAUGCUGACCCACAAAAUUGGAUUCACGUUUUGGAACCGAAGCAAAUUACUGGCACUUGUGAAAAUAAUCCUGAAUUAUGCAAGGACAUUCUUCAGAACAAAGAGCCAACCUUUGCAGAAUUUUAUUUUAAAUGCUCUGAACACAUAUCAUUAGGCGAAACAGAUCAGGCUGUUCCAUUGGAUCUGAUUCGUCCAAACUUGAAACAAAUCCAAUGUAUGGCCUGUUUAGACACUUCAGACACUAUAUUUGCCUUUCCAUGUCCAGAUGACCAUGUCAUGUGUUUGGAUUGUUUCAAACAAUAUUGUUUGACUAAGCUAACAGAGAGACAAUUUUGGCAACAUCCAGAAUAUGGAUAUACCCUUGCAUGCCCUACUGGUUGCCCUGAUUCUUUCAUUAAAGAAAUUCAUCAUUUUCGUUUACUGGAUGAUGAGAACUACAAUAGAUAUCAUCAUUUUGCAGCUGAAGAGUUUGUGUUGCAAUCUAACGGCUUGUUAUGUCCUCAACCUGGGUGUGGAAUGGGUAUUUUAGCUGAACCCGAGUGUACGCGGAUAUCAUGCCAAAAUUGCAAAUAUGUCUUCUGUCGACACUGUCGUCAAGGUUUUCAUAUAGGAGAAUGCGACGUUGUAGAAAAUAACGACACCGCUGGUCAAAAUUUCAGUUGCGAGUCGGACAUGAAUUAUAACAAUGGAAAUAGUGGCGAAUUAGCUUCUCGAACAACUAUUAAGAUUAUGACUAAGCCUUGUCCAAGUUGUAAAACACCGACAGAACGAGAUGGGGGUUGUAUGCAUAUGAUAUGCACUCGAGCAGGAUGCAAAUUUCACUGGUGUUGGGUAUGUCAAACCGAGUGGACUACGGAAUGUAUGGGAGAUCACUGGUUUGGCUGAGUUAGUAAUAUUUUAAUUGAGCUGUGCAAUAUUUUUUUUGUGAUAUUUUCUGCGAUAUUGAUAUUAAAUAUAGGCUCUAGUUUUA